AUGGUCGACUACUAUCCGGCGGAGACUCCGCUGAGCGAGAAUAAAUCCAGCAAAGAGGUUCAAUCGUUAGAUCAUAGCUCGCCGGAACUGUCGGUAAGCUUACAAUUUGGAAAAAUCCUUUGUAGUAUACUGUAGUAGUCCCUUUGCGAAGUCGCCGGAUUGAUUUUUGGCGUUUGCACAGUGCAAAAAAAAGUGCGAGCGACAGUUCAAAAAACCUAUUGCACAGUGCAAAAAGCACGAAAUUGCACAGCGCAAAGUGAAUUUUUGUCUUUGCACAGUGCAUGUCGCUGGUUUGAUUUUUGAUCGGGUGCGAGAGACAACAAAAAAAAGUCAAUUGCACGGUGACAAAAGCAAGAAAUUGCACAGUGCAAUGUGAACUUUUGAUUUUUCAGUGCAUGUCGCCAGACUGUGGGCGUUUGCACUGUGCAGAAAAAAGUGCGAGCGGCAGCCCAAAAAAGCCAUUUGCACGGUGCAAAAAGCGACAACUUGUACAGUGCAAAGUGAACUUUUGUUUUCGCACAGUGCAAACGUCAAAAAUUAGUCCAGCGACAUGCAAAAACAAUAUCGUCGAGUAAAGUCCAACGACUUUCCGAACGAACUAUCGGUCUGUCGGGAAAAUAACGGCGGAUCGUCGCAUCAAGCCUCGCCGCUAUCGCGCACUAAAUCCCAAGUCGCGGCUUGCAGUCGCAAAGCGAUGAUGGGCGAUUCCGAGGCGCGACGAUCCGCCGUUAUUUUUCCGACAGACUGAUAGCAAAGUAGCUACUUACCGUUCUUUGGCAAAUGCCCAAUUUUUUCAGGAGAUUCUGGAAGCGCAGCCGGUUCGUUUGGCCUGGAAGAACAUCUGUGUCACACAUCCAAAGACCAAUCGGACCAUUUUGAGAGAUGUAUGCGGAUUUGCGGAGCCAGGAGAGCUGGUCGCGUUGAUGGGCGCUUCAGGGGCUGGGAAGACAACAUUGCUGAACACUUUGCUCUGUCGCAAUUUGAAGGGAUUGGAGGUGAGUUUCGCAAAUUUUUUUGGUGAUUUUAGUAUCUAAAAUUGAGUUAUUGAUGACAUUAUAUAUUUUGACAAAAAAGCUGUGACAAAUUCUCUUUAAAGUUAAUUGUAGGUUUCCGGUCGGGUCCUAGUCGAUAAUCAUGAGCUGUUCGAGAAAAUCACCAUGGUUAGUGGAUAUGUGCAACAGGAAGAGAUGUUUUGCGGUCGAUUAACGGUCGAAGAACAUCUUCGGAUCCAAGCGACUCUUCGAUUGCCCCAUUUGAACGCCUGCAAACGACAGGGUCGGAUCGAUGAGGUAAGAAUAUCGACUUGAAACGGAAUGCCAAUUUCGUGGUAGGACAAAAGACUUAGUUUGAAAAUAUUUUUUUUUUCUUUUUUGGAGAAAUACGAGAAAAUCUGCGAUUUCACCAAAUUUUUGAUGAAGUCCAAAAGAUAAAAAAUAGUUUUUUGCCCAAGGUUCUUCGUAUUUCAGCUUCUCCGACUCCUCGGCUUGAUGAAGUGCCGCAACUCGAAGAUUGGCGUCAGCGGAGUCGAAAAAGGCAUCUCUGGCGGCGAGGCAAAGCGCUUACUUUUCGCCAGUGAGCUCCUGAACAACCCACCGUUGAUGUUUUGCGACGAACCGACCACUGGACUGGACUCGGCGAUGGCCGAAAGUGUCGUGAAUUGUAUGAAAGAGUUGGCAAAAAGAAAUCACACCAUCAUUUGCACAAUUCAUCAACCGUCUACGUCGGUGUUUCGGACCUUCGAUAAGGUAAAAUGUGGAAAAACACCUUUUUUGAUGAGUUAAAAAAAGUUUUCAAAAGUUUUUCAAAUUUUGGCUGUAGGCGCUCAAUGGGCAAUGGCUUAAUUACUGAAAGUUUUAGCCCAUGGUUUGCAGCGGCAACCGAGAUAUUCAAUGAUAUUUUUUCGGAGAGAGUAUGCAAAAUGAGGAGAGCCGUCAGAGAAAAACCCUUGUUGAGCAUAUUUUUGCCACUUUCGCGUGGAAAAAAUGGCUGUUUGGUAGAAAAAUUUUAUUCAUUCCACAUUUCAACAAGUUUGAACCCUAAUUCAAACAAAAAAAAAACUGUUUAGGUAUUCUUCCUGGCCAAUGGUCGAGUCGCAUAUUACGGGACUCCGGCAAGUUGUGUGGAGGCGUUCAGCAGCCUCGGUUACCCAUGCCCGAAGAAUUACAAUCCAGCGGACCUGAUCAUCGAAAAGUUGGCGGUGGAGCCGGGAAACGAGGAGGAGUGUAAGAACAGGAUCAAGACGAUAUGCGAUUCGUUCGAGUCGUCGGAGGCCGGAAGGAGUUUUCUGAGCAAAUCCAAGGAAAUGACCGAUGAAUCGACCGUUUUGUACGACAGAAAGACGGCUCCGUUUUAUAUGCAGGUGGGAUUUUGUUAUUUAUGCUUAAUUUUUGAGAUUUUCUGAGAUUUUUUGUCACUUCAAAUUUGAAUUCUAAUUUUCCGCCAAAAUUGGCAUUGUGUUUCAAGUCAAAAUAUGGAUAUCAUUUGGCUAAAAAUCCAAUGUAAAAUACAAUAGACUUGAUUUUUCUCCGUUUUAGCCCCAAAAAAUUUGAAUUUUAAUUUUCCCGCCAAAAUUGGCAUUCCGUUUCAAGCCUUGAUUUUCGCUAGUUUUGACUUAGAACACGAUCCAAGCUUGUUGAAAAGCCCACUUUUACCUCAUAUUAGUCAUUAAAAUUCAAAUUCAAUUUUUCCCGCUAAAAUUGGCAUUCCGUCUCAACCCGUUAUUUUGCUAAAUUCAACCUCUAACUGACCUGUAAGUCACUCAAUUUUAGAUGAGUGCCCUUUUGAAACGCUCCUUCAUCGACACGUGGCGGAAUCCCGCGAUGGCCCGUGCCAAAUUCAUCCAAAAACUGUUCCUGGGCCUGUUUCUGGGCGCCCUCUACUUCCAGUCGGACUCUGACAACUUUUUCGGGAUCCAGAACAUCAACGGAGCCAUGUACUUCAUCGUGGCUGAGCUGACGUACUCCACACUGUUCGGGAUUUUGUCGUUUAUGCCGGCGGAUUUCCCCUUGGUCAAUCGGUGGGUUGGAAUUUUGGUUGGUUAUGUUGUAGUAGGUAGUGGCUCAAAUUUAAUUUUUUUUGCUUGUUCUCUGGAUUUUGAAGAAAUUUAAAGUAGAGGGAAAAUGGAUUUUUUUAGAAAUAUAAGAGCGAAGGAAUAAGAAUUUUUUCUCGAGCUCGAGAAUGUUUGCUGGAUUCGCUACCAAUUUCAAAAAGUAGCGGAAACCUCAAUUUGCAACCUCCAAAAAAGACGUCGGAAGCAAAUCGGCCAUUUUGCGACGGCGCAAAAUUGGGAGGUAGCAAAUCGGCCAUUUCGCGACGGCGCAAAAUUGGCAGGUAGCAAAUCCAUGGAUUUGCGACGUCCAAAAACAAGCCCCGCCCCCUCAAUUUUUCAGCCAUCACGUUUUGGCUUUUUUGACGGAAAAACACCGUUUAGGGUGAAAAACUUAGCUGAUAAAUCGUACAUUUACGAAAUUAUGAAUAAUAAAAACGUCCCUCUUCAUCGUUAUAAUAUUUAUUAAUAAAAGACGUACGUUUUCAUGUAAAAUAUGCGGUUUUUCCACAAUAUUGUCUAAAUACGGCCGGAUAGUCGAUGGAUGGCGUUGAAGAACAUGGCCGCUUACAGAUCUUCCUGGAAAUCGAAAUCAAUAUAAAUUUCCUUCUGAUUAGAAGAAAGCCUUCUGUUACCUCAUAGUUCAUGUGUCUAAUCCAAGCAUCGAAACGGACAUGAUGUUGAGCAAAAAUACGGCCGACUGGAGUGAAACCGAAUUCCAGGCAACAAUUUAUUACCUAAAAACAGAAUAAUAAUACUUAAAUCAAAUCUUACCUCCUUUAGCAACUACCACACUGCUUUUCCAUUGUCCGAUUUCGUUGUUUCUGCCUCCUGAAAACGGUUUGUAAGACUCUUGCCAUGAAUAAUAUAAAAAAAAAAUUGGAAAUCUCGUCUAAAGUCAAAAAAUAAUAACAAAACAGCUUACCAUGGCCAAAAAACGGUUGAUUUGAUUGAUUGACAUCCUUGUUAUUGGACCUAAAAUCCGUUCUCGGACUGCGUGGCAUUUCGUUUUCACGGGCCGCGAAAACAUUCGCAACUUCAUAAAUUCUUUUUUCCUGUUUUCUUAUGUUUCCUUUUGUUGAAAUUGGCCAAAUAGAUGCAGAGAAGCUGAAUUAGAAGACAAACCGGCUGAAGUUGAUCGCCAUAAACAUCGGGGACGAAAUUGGCGGGCAAAAAAGGCUUUUUGGCUCCAUGGCCAUGGUAAGUUGUUUUUUUAUUAUUUUUUGAUUUUAGACGAGAUUUCCAAUUUUUUUCUAGGCAAGAGCCUUAUAAACCGUUUACAGGAGGCAGAAAUAAUGAAAUCGAACAAGGGAAUGGCCAAGUGGUAGUUGCUAAAGGAGGUAAGAUUGGAUUUAAGUAUUCUUAUUCUGUUUUUAGGUAAUAAAUUAUUACCUGGAAGUCCGAUUUCACUCCCGUCGGCCGUAUUUUUGCUCAAAACUAUGCCCAUUUCGAUUCUCGGAUUAGACACAUGCAAUAUGAGGUAAAUGAAGGUGUUUUUUUCUGAAAAUGAUAAGGAAAUUUUACAUUGCUUUUGAUUUCCAGGAAGGUAAUUUGGCGGCCAUGAUCCAUCCCUCGACUUCGGCCAUAUCUGGCAAAACAUGUUCUUCAGUUCCAUCCAUCGACUCUCCGGCAAUGCUUGGACAAUGUUGUAAAAAACGCAUAUUUUAUACGAAAAUGUACGUCUUUUAUUAAUAAAUAUUUUAACGAAGAAGACGUUUUUCUUUCAUAAUUUCGUAAAUGUACGAUUUAUACAGGGUGACCCAAAAUAACGGAGACAAAAUUUGAUGGGUCCCACCGCGAAAGCUUUGUUGGGUUUGGCCAAAUAAAAUACAGUGGGGAAAUCUCCACUCUUUUCUGUACCUAUUGGAUACUUUUUCUUGUUUGUGUUACCUCAGGGUCGGCUUUAUUCGACAUGUCAAGUGAGCGUGGUGCUAUUUUGACUCUUUUUCGCAGUGGAAAACGCCAAUGUGACAUUGUUAGAAUGCUUGGAGUACCCAAGCAAACCGUUUCAAAGGCCGUAAAGCGAUUCAGAGAGCUUGGCCACGACGGUGACCGUCCGAGGAAGGGAAGGAAACGCACCGUCAACACUGCUCGGAAUCGGAAGAUCAUCAAACAACGGGCUGAAAGGAAUUCGUUGGUGUCCAUGAGGAAAGUGGCCAAGGAAACUGGCCUAGCCCGUGAAUCUGUUAGGCGUAUAGCCAAAGAGCAUCUACAGUUACAGCCUUACAAGCUCCGAAAAGGUCAAUUGCUCACAGAGAAAAAUAAGCAGGUACGGCUUGAAAGAUGUAAGAAUCUCAUCCGUCGGCACGCAGGUAAGAACUCAAAUGAAAUUUUAUUUUCAGAUGAAAAACUGUUUUCCAUUCAGCAGACCUACAACCCCCAAAAUUCUCGUCGUUGGUCCUCAGACCGUCCAAAAGAGGAUGCCAUUGUUCCCCGACGCCAAUACCCCCAGUCUUUGAUGGUAUGGGCAGGGAUCUGCGCCUCGGGCAAAACUCCCUUAAUUUUUGUUGAAAAAGGCGUUAAGAUCAACGCAAAAGUGUACCAAAAGGACAUUUUAGAGAAGGUGGUAUUGCCAUGGUCUGCUGAGCACUUUGGCCAGCGUAGAUGGACUUUUCAACAGGAUUCGGCCCCGGCACACAGCUCAAAAUCCACUCAAGAUUGGAUUCGGGCCCAUUUCCCGGAUUUUAUCCCUUCGAAGGAAUGGCCCCCCUACUCUCCCGAUCUCAACCCAUUGGAUUAUUCGAUUUGGUCGAUCCUUGAGGCCCGAGCUUGUAGCAAGCCCCAUGACAAUAUCGAGUCUCUGAAGGCUUCACUCAUCAAGGAAUGGAAGCGUUUGACUGCGGAAGAGGUGCGUGCCGCGGCCCUCAACUUCACCGAACGCUUGAAGCUCUGUGUCGGCGCACAAGGUGGCCACUUCGAAACUACUUAG